AUGGCGAGCGGCGACAUGCUGGACGAGUUCGCCGGCAAGCUCGGUGGGAUGGCGGCGCGCUAUGCGGCGCUCGGUGCAACGCUGGAGGAUGCCGCACUAGUGAAGAAGCUGCUCGACUCCGUGCCGGACCGCCUGUACGCGGAGGUGGCCGGGAUCGAGCAGUUUUGCGACGUGUCGACGAUGACGUUUGAGGAAGCAUUGGGGCGCCUGAAGGCGUUCGACGAGCGGCUCCGGCGACGCGGGCAGGCAGGCAGCGAGCGGGCGGACGGCGAGCAGCUCAUGUACACCGCAGCUCAGUGGCGGGCGCGCGAACGGUGUCGAGGUGGUGCGCGUGGAGAGGACGACGACGACGGGGCGCGCAGCGAGGCGUCGGGCUUCGGUGGUCCGAGGAAGGGCAGGUGCUACAAGUGCGGGGAGCAGGGUCACUUCAAACGUGACUGCCCGCAGUGGAAGAAGGCGCCGGCACUGGAGCACGCACUGCUGGUCGACGGCGACGUCGAGGAUGGCGGGCUGCUCUGA